UGAAUGCCAUAUAAAUAAUGAGAUAAUGUUUUGAGACUUUUAAACCAUUUGUUGUUUGAUUUGAAAAAUCAUUGAUAAGAGAGGUUUGCGGCGAAGACACGGAUGAGCUGACCGGUGAUGUCUGGAUUGGUUGGCGAAGUGAUGUCCCCAUUGGUCCGAAUCAUACAUUUCGGGCCAAUCAUUGCCCUAUCGAUAAUCAAAUGUGUUUUCUUCACCACAUUAUGGCUGACAUCGCAAUGGCUUCGGAUGACGGACUCAUUCAUACCAUUCAUCAAUUAUCUCCUGUACUAUACAUUCAUAGCGAUAGUGCUCUACAACUUCUUCAGCGCCGUCUUCGUUGGUCCCGGUUUUGUGCCGAAGGGUUGGCGACCGGAAAGCACUCAAGACAUUGAAUUAAUGCAGUUUUGCGGUCAAUGCGAUGGCUAUAAACCCGCCCGAAGUCAUCACUGCCGCCGCUGUGACAGAUGUGUGAUGAAAAUGGACCAUCAUUGUCCGUGGAUUAACAACUGCACCGGUUAUCGUAAUCAAUGCUAUUUCAUAGUAUUCUUAUUGUCGGCUGUCUUGGGAUCUAUUCAGUCGAUUGUCUUACUGGGGAUGGGCUUAUAUCGCGCUUUUUAUGUGAACUGGUACUUAUAUAACGAUAGAUCCGAUCGACUCGUUUACAUAUCGAUGACUUCAUUACUAUUCACUGUUUUUUCCAUUGGUUUAGCGAUUGGAGUGAUUGUAGCCGUUGGCGGUCUUCUUGUUAUACAAUUAAAAAUAGUAGUUCGCAAUCAGACGAGUAUUGAAGAAUGGAUUGUCACUAAAGCCAUGGGUAGAAAACGAGACGAUGUCUUCGUAUAUCCAUAUAAUAUAGGCAUUUGGGGUAAUAUUAAGCAAGUUUUGUUUGAACCAAUCCAUAGCGGCAUUGAAUGGCCGGUAAUCGAUGGUUGCAAUCAAUACACACUUACCGUGGAACAACUUCUGCAGAAAGAAGAAAAGCGGAACCGUUCGGUGACGUGUGUGGCAAUAGAGGAUUAUAGCGGUGCGUGGUUUCCCAUAUCCAAAGGCUGGCGAAUAUGCGUUUCAUUCCCAUUGACUGAUGAGCCGCGGAUUGGCGUCACUUGUGGUGACCAUAUUCUGGUGACGCGAUGGAAAAAGCACUGGCUUUACGGCGAAAGACUCAAAACAGAGGCUCAUAAGCGAGAGCGCGGGUGGUUUCCCAGACGGCUCGUGGUUCAGGUGCACACCGCUAAGUAAAUAGUUAUGAAUCCGUAUGACGUGAACAAUGAGAAGAGUACUCUAAGCCAUGUCCUGUCGGGUAGGAGUGCUUUAGUGGUCGCGCAAAACAAAAUGGACCCGAAGUUGAAGAUUACGGAACCGAAAGCACUGAACAUUAUUCUGUUAUAG